AUGGCUCAAGACUAUACAGACUCUCCUGUUGAUGAAGAGACGAUCUUUGGUGACGUAGACAGGCCCGGUGCAAAACCUCAUCUCAAACAUCGUAUUCUCUGCCUGUGGCCUUGGUUAAGCGUUGGAUCGCUUAUCGUCACAUCCGUGUUCUCCUUCACGCUAUGGAUAAGCACACCUUCUGCUCAUCUUGCUAUAUACUCUCCAGCAAGUGUUGCUGUCGAGCCUGUUAUUAUAAAGUUCAAUGGAACCAUCGAUUUUCCUUCUAUCUAUCGUAUUAACGGUGGAUCUCCCGAAGCUCCCCACUAUCAUGGCCCUCCUCCCCCAGAACUCGAUGCCGCUUGGGCCAGGAUUUCUGACGAUGUGCCACCAAUCCGGGUUACGAUUAAUGACCUACAUAAAGCUGGAGAAGUAGAUCUACCAGCGAAGGUCAAGUAUCCACAAAGCAACGGUGGAGGUUUCAUGGCAUCGUUGGAAAUCAAUCACCAACUGCGUUGUCUGGUAAACUAUGCUACACUGUUGGAUCCCUUGUUCCAGCGGGACCCCUCGGUAGUUCGAAUGCAUCUCGACGACUGCAUCGAGCUGAUCAGGCAGUCUAUCAUGUGCAAUGCUGAAGUCGUGAUGAUCACGUGGGACUGGGUAAAGAACCACUCGAAACCCUAUCCAAACUUCAACACUCGUCAUGCAUGCAGGAAAUUUGACAACGUCAUGGACUGGGCUGUCCAACAUGCCGAUCGAUCUGAGGUUACUCGCAUGGAGGAUACGAUCGACCUCCCUUUCCCUCAUCAGUACAAUAUAUGA